AUGGGACGGGAGCGUGACGAGAAAAAGAAAGCCCAGCCAGGCUCGGCCAAGCUUGGAUGGAUGGCGGUGCCAGGAGAUGGCCAGCAUCUCACGUAUAAUAUUAAUGUUCACGUUCCGCUUCAAGCCAGGGAUGAACCCAGAGCGCCUGCCAGAGACGAAGUGGCCAACCCAAUGUCCAGCACCUUCCGAGGGGCCCAGCCGAUCUCUGGUGUGAUUGUCGUCCUCGUCGAGCCAGCGAGUUACCGUUUGACGCUCGACUCAGAGUCUCAGAUACGCCGAGAAUCUCGGCAUUCACGAAAGAAUCCAAGGCACUUGCCAUAUAUCAGUUUUAUCCUUCAACGCCGCUUUAGCAAGUCUACGGCAAUGGAAGACAGGGAAUUAGAGCAACGGAAGGGCCCAGUGUUGAAACCAGCUGCCACAGACCCGAGCCAACCACAAUCCAACAGCACCGGAGACAGGAAAAGAAAGGCUGAAAGUGCGCCUAACGCAGAACACCCAAUGAAACCCAUGGCCAGCGAACGAUUUUCGGACGGUGAGCACCCACCCAUCUCUUUCGAUACGCGAGCGAACUCGUUGCCAAAUAACGAUAAUGUUGAUAUUAUUGUUAGCUCACUUGCGACCGAGUUCCUGCCGACCAGGGGGAUACCUGUGCGGACGGCCCCCUUCGCAAUCGGUACAACACGAAGUCCAUCGUCCUGCACCCGCCGUGGACGUGCACCGGUGUCGACGACCAAAUGUUUCUCAUGCCCCACCCCGUCAUCCGCGUUCAGGGCUAUCAUCAAAGUCGGCUGUCCCACAGCGUGA